GGGCUUUGGAGGCGGACAGGGAAGGCUUUUUUUCUGCCGCUGCAGGGACACGAGGUGCGGGCAGAGCAAUUCUUUAACAUUUUCUAUUAUUUAGCCUUUCAUAUUUAGCAUUUUUAUUAUCCCUGUUGUGCCAGGACAGGGAAGAGCGGGGUGUGCAGCCUGUGUUCAUCACUGCAGCUGUCCUGCAUCCUACAGCCAGCCCAGUUUUUGUGAUGCCUGAGCAAGAUCUGACCCAGGAAGGCAAACAGAAAAGCACUGGGUCCUCCUCCCUUCCCCUUCCCCAUCCCAUCCUCUUCCCUUUCCCAUCCCUCCCAUGCUGCUGUUUGGGGGCUGUGACUCCUCCCCAUUGCUCACUUAGCACCCAUUCCAAUAUGCAGUAGCUGAUGGUGAUGUUUACAACCUUUUGGCUUCCUUUUGUGUUCCGCCCCCGUUUUGUCUCACCAGCCUUUUUUCUUUCUGUCCUUAUCAGCAGAUGAUUCUUAUUAUUAGAUCUGUCUUUUUCCAGCGACAGUUUUGCGUUUUCACUUUGGUUUUAUCACCUGACAUAAAGCCUUUUGUCCCCAUUUGACAAUAUUCAUGCAGAUAAAUCUUUAAAUCAGGAAAUAAUUCAGUCUUGGCCCUUUCUAAACCCAUUUAGGUUUAGAUUUUUUGUAGCAUUCAGCCGAGACACGCUUCCAGAGCCAUAACACAUCUUGAAGUGCCAACAUGCCUUAAAAUCCAGAAAAUUGCCCCAAAAUAGGCAUGACUCAUCAAGCACCAUAGUGGGAAUGAUUUGCUUGGAUGACCCCGUAGGUAAGGAGCCAUUUGUUGGACACCACCACGUCGUUUUUCACAGCCCUGUGAGCGCAGCGUUUUGAAUUUCACUCCAGACAUUCCAAAUUUGGAGAACUCAAAUGGCAAAGGUGAAAUGGGCGUCAGCUCUCCGGGAUGAAGGAAUCUCUCCCAGGGUUUUCUGCUGGAUCACAGCAGGAGGAUUUGCUUUCCUAAAGCAUUGAGUGACGUGAAGAGCCCAAAUCGGAGCCAGCGGCCACAUUCUUCCAAGGGAAAACCCUUCGGGUGCCCCUACGGUUCCCUUUCUAUCACCAUAACAAACCCCUUCUCCAUCCACUCAUCCCCUUUUGGAUUUGGAGGUUGACAAAUCCCUUCUGAAAUUCUUAUAUUGCACACAUGUCCUUCUUUCUUUACUUCUGAGGCAGCAAAGAUCUCACAGUGAUUUAAUUCUGAGUGAGAUCAACAACCUUAGACAUCCUUUAUUAACUUCACAUCGUUUCAUGAUGGUCAGCAGCAAAAAAAAAAAAAGAAAGAAAGAAAAGGAAUAGGAGUUUAUCUGUGGGAUUGCUCUGCAUUUUCGUGCUUGUUUGGCUGAUUGAAGGAAGCUGGGAGGAAAUGUUGUGAAAUAAUCCCAAAUGCUGAGAAAUUGUGAGUAGGGGAGGAGGUGCCCUCUGUCCUGAUGAGCAGUAGAGACAAAACAGAAAGGAAUAGGCAUGAGCUCAUUUUGUAUCUCUUUAUUUUAGGGUAUUGCUAACCGGUGCUGUCACAUUAUUUGGGGUCAGGAGUGGCUGCUGCCCCACUGGUGCCCAAAAAAACCAAUGCUGCCCCAUUUGGGAUUGGGGUCUGCUCACAGACCACAUCCUCUAACCAACCCAUGGCUGAUAGCAGAGAGGUGACCAGGUCAACUUUAGGGCUUUCUACACUUCUCUGCAGAAACCUGUUCCUGUCUAUAUAGGGAUCCCCAUCCCUCCUUCCAUCCUCGGCAUUUAGGUAGGCUAUAAUUAGGCUCUGGGAAAGUCCCCCCGCUGCCAGCACAGCUGUCGUGCCUGCAAUGAUCCUUCCAGCUCUCUGCGACACACAAACCCUCCAGCAAUCCUAAAUACCCAUUUCCUGCCCUCCUGGGACAAACUGGGAGCUGCCAAAAAAUCUCCAGCCCCCCACGGACGUGACCAUCACAGCACCAAGGAGCAAAGCAAACGCAACGUGAUUACGGUGCAGGUGGACAUUUGGAAGUGGUUGAUUGGGAAGAGGACGUGAUGAUGGCAUCAGGGAAGAGGAACGCGGAUCUUGAAGAAUGGGAUGCAAAAAUCAGGAAGCUAACAGAAGAUUUUGAAGAGAGUGACACGGAGCUCGAGGAAUGUGACACAGAAGAUGGGGAACUCAUGGCUGAGAUUGACAACCUGACUGCAGAGCUUGAGGAACGUGAUAGGAAAAUCAGAAAGCUCACAUCAGACCUUGGUGACGUUGACUCCAAGCUCAAGGAACGCGAUAGGAAAAUCACCAAACUCUCAGCAGAAAUACGCAGACUGACUGCAGUGCUGGGGGACCGUGACUCAAAGCUCCGCAAACUGACGGCAGAACUCGCUAAGUGCGAUGCAACCAUCAGACUAUUUACAGUGGAGCUCGGAGAGCGUCACACCAAAAUAGGGGAACUCACUGCAGAAGUUGGGGACUACAGUAGGAAACUUCGGAAACACGCGGCAGAACUCGAGGAACGCGAUCUGAAAAUCAGGGAACAGGAAGCAGAGAUAAGGCGCCUCACUGAGCUGCUUGAGGACCGCGAUUCCGAUGCCCGAGAACAGGACGUCCUCAUUAGGAAACUGUCAGAAGAGCUCGAGGAAUUAAGGGGUCAGGAAGUUGAGGAGAGUGAACCAGAGAGGGAAGAACAUGAUGCCAAAAUUGGUACGUGUCCAUCUCCUCCCGUAUUUGUGGUGUCUUCAGGAAGUCUGGUGGUGUCGUUUGGGAUUGAUUGGGUUGAGGAUUUGUUUGUGAUGGAAUCUGGGGGAGGAUUCAGGUGCCCAAACACAGCAUCAGGUCCCAUCUCGUGUUCUCCUGUGGGCUUGGAUCCCUGGAUACCUAAGAAUACCUGAAAUCCAUAAUAUCCCAUUAGAAGUAACACACCCAUCAAUGAUAUAUCCACAGAAUACAAGGGAAUAGACUACAUUUACUUUAGAUCCCAUUUUCAGGUUAACCAUGGAAAAAAUACCCAAUGAUUGAAUGUCACAAUUCAGGGAUCCCAUGUGCGAAAUCAGGACUUUUACUUUAAUUAUAAGAAAAAAUGAAAUUCACUGUUUUUAUUCUCUUCUAAGUUGAACUCUCCGCAGAAGUUG